AUGAGUAGAUAUGGAUGUGUCUAAUGCAAUAUAUAUUAUUGUGUAAAAUGCAGAUAGCCUCCUGUAAUGGGAGAUUUUUGUGGAGGAGGACAUGAGUAUAUUUUAUCAAUAAUAGAUUGAAAUAUGUUCCUAAUUUGAAAUAUCAUUCUUGCGAUGUUUGUAGAGGUUCAAUUUCUGGAGGUGCAUAUAGAUGUUAAGAAUGUGAUUAUGAUGUAUGUGAAAAAUGUUGGAUAGUAAAAGAAGAUUGA